AACGACGUCCAUCAAUUUUAAACAUAAACGGCAACGUUACAUAACAUUGUUUUUACCAACAAUCAUUUAUUCAACAACACGAUGUGGUGGGAUAACGGCUUCAUACAGUGCUGUUUCUCCAGACGAGUCAGCAUGAAGCUGCGUGUACGCAUCCAGCGUGAGACCAGCCGGGUGGAGCUAUCAGGAGAUGAACUCAGUUUGAAAGAGCUCAGAGAUCUCAUCAGGGACACACUUCUGUCCUCUCAGGGACUCAGUGCAGACACAGAGUUCAGUUUGUCCCUGAACGGCUCAGAGCCUCUAACAGACUCAGGACAGACUCUGUCAUCCUGCGGCAUUGUGACCGGAGAUUUGAUCUGCGUUGUCCUGCCUGAGUCUGUAGCAGCCAAAUCCACCAAGCCGAACAACCCCACCAAAAACACCAACGCCACCAAAAACACCAACUCCACCUCUGCAGACUCUGCCAACCCGACCAACACAACAACAAGCAGCACAGAGACACAGAGUUACACCAGAAAGACAACAACCAUGACUUCCAACCAGCCCAGCAGCAGCAGUCUCCCUGCAGCGUCGUCAGACUCCAAGGUGCCCGAUGAGGUUGUGUCUGCUGAUCCUUCAUCCUCCAGCUGGGAGCCGAUGCUGUGCAGCGAGGCAGAGGAGGGUCAGGCUCCUCUGUCACUCGAGAUUCUUUACGAGUCGGCCCAAACGAAGAGUCCCAACGACGCCAUCAUGGUGGCCGGACACCAGCUGAUGUUAGAGACCGGGUUCAUUCCUCAGGUCUGUGAGCUGAAGUCAGGUGAGAUGCCUGCAGGGUGGAGGUCAGCCGGUGGAGUGUACAGACUGCAGUACUCUCAUCCUCUGUGUGAGAACAGUCUGGUCUCUGUGCUGGCGGUGUGUAUGAGCCCCGUGCUCGUCAUCAAUGCGACUCUGAAGGUGAACGAAAGCGUCGACACGAUCCCCAAACUGACUCUGAACCCCUGCAGCUAUGUGACCAGCCUGUGCCCAGGAGAAAGUGCAGCUGCUGCUUUUACAGAUCUGAAGAAACUGUCCCGGAUCUUCAAAGACCAGCUGGCGUACCCGCUGAUCGCUGCAGCCAGAGCAGCGAUGUCUCUGCCCGUGGCAUUCGGUCUGGCGGCUCUUCCCGUGGAGCUCACCCUCAGAGUCCUCAGGCUGCUGGACGUGGUCUCUGUGGUCAGACUGUCUUCAGUCUGCAAACACUUUAACACCGCCACAGCUGAUUCUAUGCUGUGGAAACACCUGCUCCGCAGAGACUUCAAAGAUUCACCUUUAUGCAGGGGCAGAGACACAAACUGGAUGGAGCUCUAUAAACAAUCCCACAAACAACGCCUUACGGCCCGUCGUCACCAUCUCCGCCGCCCCCACGCUCCUCAUCCCUGGCUUCCCCCGCCCUUCCACCAACCCAUGCCCCUGCCCAUCCCUCCAGGGUUGCCCGGCAUCAUCGGGGGGGAGUACGACCAGAGACCCAACUUCCUCCAGGGCCUCUUCCGCACGCCGCCUCGUUUCGACCCACUCGCCCGAGGUCCGGAGAGACUGCCACAGAAUGUCCGCCCGGUAGGGGGGCGACCUGCAGCCGUACGGAGAGCUUUCAUCUGAUUCUUCUCCUGCAGAAAUAAAAUACAGAUCUGAACUAGACGAGUGUUUGUGAGUGUAUAAAGAGAGAGAAACAAACGCUCAUUAGAAUACAUAAACUACAGUAUAAGAAAGAUGA